AAUCCUUUUUCCAGUAAAAGUCAAAAUAGCAAUCGCAAACGAGUAUCACAGAGUCAGAUAUGACGUCGGCGCCGGUAAUCGGGGUGGCGGUAAUAUUGGUAAAGGGGGACACGGUGCUUCUGGGGCGGCGCCGUUCUUCAAUUGGGCAUAACACGUACGCACUCCCUGGUGGUCACCUUGAAUUCGGUGAAAGCUUUGAGAAAUGUGCUGCACGAGAGGUAAAGGAGGAGACCGGGCUAGACAUUAAGGAUAUACAAUAUGUAACAGUAACCAACGACGUCUUUUCUGAAGCUGCAAAGCCGCUACAUCUUGUUGCUGUCUAUAUGCGUGCUACUUUAGCCAAUCCUGACCAGAUUCCUCAAACUGUUGAGCCUGAUAAGUGUUAUGGCUGGGAUUGGUAUGACGGGAAAAACCUGCCCCGACCACUAUUUCGACCUCUGGAGACUUUGUUGAAAGGUGGGUUCAGUCUAUUCCCUCUGAUUUGAAGUGAUUAGAGCAAUUUUUCACUAAUUUCUCUUAAGAUGGUUGGUUUUUGAAGCAAGAAAUCAUACUUUAACUUCAGUGACACAUUUUUAUUGUUAUUGGCAAGCUUUUUUAGCCUAGUUUGAUUAGUA